UAUAUAAAAAUUAUAUGUAAUAAAAACUAUUGUGCAAUAAAAUAUCUUUGUUUUGGUCUUAAAACACUUAUCUAAAUUGCAAGUCAUAUAAAAAAUGAUUAAACCAUCAACAAUAAAGGACGCUAUCGUCAUUUGGCAGGUUAAAUACGACCGACCUGCAUCGCAAUCCCAUGAAGUCAAUUUGCGUUUUCAGUGGCCACCCAUAGAGGACAUGAAUUCUGGUUUAACAGAGCUGAAAGAGGUUCGUAGACUUAGCCUUGCUAACAAUAUGAUUGAGCACAUUACGAGUCUUUGCGCUCUAAGGAAAUUAAAAGUACUGAUACUAUCUCACAAUAAAAUCAGAAAAUUAAAUGGUAUUGAAGUUUUGGCAAAUACUUUGACGCAAUUAUGGAUAAAUCAAAAUUAUAUCGAAGACCUGAAACCAAUUGAAUGCAUGAAAAAGUUAAAAUUAUUAUACAUCGCUUAUAAUAAUAUAAAAGAUUGGGAGGAAUUUGAUCGCUUGGCUCUUCUACCACUCGAAGCACUUUCUUUUGUGGGUAAUCCAUUGCAGGAGCUCCUAUCAGAAGAUGCAUUCACAGCAGAGGUAAAAAAACGCUUGCCGACCUUAAAGUACUUAGAAGGUGAUUCUCUUAAAUGGCCUUCGGUAUGUAUAGAAAGGCACUGAAACAUAAUUAUUCGCUUAGUAAUGCAACUUCUGGAACUAUCAUGAGAAUCUAGUUCUAGUAUGUACAUGAGGUAUGAUGAGGUGCGGACUUGGUGUUGUCAGAGUACGGAUAUGUUCGAUAGAAAUAAACAUGUACUAAAAAAUCAUAAAAGUGUUAAUAAAGAAAA